UCGGUUUCAGUUAGUACUGUCGCAGACGUGGUAGACACAGGUGGAAAAACUUAGGUACCAGUGGAAAAAUGUAUAUAUUUAUAUUUUUAGCGUUUCUUUCGUCUGCGUAUGCGCAGAUAAUUGUAUCUGGAACUUGUGGGAAUGAAACCAUCAAUACCGACACCGACUUUUUUAACAUGACGGCACUAGCAACAUGGCAGGAGGUCCAGCGGAUCACCAACCAGCUGGAAGUCGGCCAGUGCUCCUCCAUCACCCCGCGGCAACGCACCAACACCAACAACACCAGCUCAGACAUGCUGAUCAUCAGGGAGGUGGUCAACGGGACCGCACGUUACCUCAACGGUAGCGUCUCUGCGUAUUUGAAUAAAAAGAUCACUGUCAACUUUACUGGUGUCGUAAUUUAUUUGAGGGUCCUGAUAACGGACUCCACAAACUACGCGCUGGUCUAUGGCUGUCGAGACGUAGCGAAUAAUACAAAAGCAGUGUACGGUUGGAAACUGUCACGAAGCACGACGCUGUCAUCGAGUGACCUCGCCACCGUCAAUGCGGCUGUCGACGGCACCGACCUGCAGAACCUCCCCUGGACCACCGUCUCCCACUCUGGUGAAUCCUGCAAGGUCAACUCUGCUGUGACAUCAAAGAUGUCCAUCCUACUGAGCAUCCUAGCAGCGAUUUUCGCUAUGGUGAAAUAAUUUGUAGGUGGUGAAGCUGUAUUAUUAUUUGGUAAUAAAUUAUUUUAU